AUGGUUGAUGCUUUUGUUGGGACCUGGAAGCUCGUUGAAAGUGAUAAUUUCGAUGCAUACAUGAAAGCUUUGGGUGUGAGCUUUGCGACUCGACAAGUUGGGAAUGUUACCAAACCGACGAUUAUCAUCAGUAAAGAAGAGGAUAAAGUGGUGCUGAAGACCCAGAGUACCUUUAAAAAUACCGAAAUCAGUUUCAAACUUGGGGAUGAGUUUGACGAGACCACACCAGAUGACCGAAACUGCAAAACGACGGUGACAUUGAACGGUGACAAGCUUGUCCAUGUCCAGAAGUGGGACGGAAAGGAAACAACUUUCACCAGGGAGAUCAAAGAUGGGAAGAUGGUUAUGACUCUCACAUUUGACGAUAUUGUUGCCGUUCGUACCUAUGAGAAGGCAUAACGUUCCGUGGG